AUGGCCUCCGUAGCUCCGCCGGCUCCGCCGGCUCCCUCGAGCCUUCUGCAGGUGAGUCUCGCGACUUCACGAAUCCUGCACGAGGCUUCUUGCCCUGUUCGUCUAGUUCGUGCAAGCCAGGAUCAUCAGGAUCCCCAAAAUCGAGCUUCUGCAGAGUUGCUUGCGAAAGGUGCCUGUGCGAUGAUAAUCGCCUCAUUCAUAUCACAGCCUGCGCCACGACGAUGUCGUCGCACACAGCGUCGGGUACGUGAACGUGGCCGUGGGUUCAGCAUUCCAGGUGGGAAGCCGAUCUGGACCACAGGUCUCAAACCAGUGCCCGUGCCAAGCGGCUUGCGGGCAUGGCUGAGCAAGAUCAACCCAUCCAUCCGGGAGGUCAUCCAUCGUAUAGAGCAAAACUACGGGCACAAGGCUUGGAUAGUUGGAGGCGCAGUGCGCGACGUACUGGCUGGCAAUGAGCCGGCGGAUGUGGACGUCGCGACCACAAUGACUCCUACGAUACUGCAGCAGGUUUUCCCCGAUCCAAUCAUGGCGGGUGCUAAAUAUGGAGUUGUGACAGUGAAGCAUAAGGGCUGUCUUGUGGAGUGUGCGCAACUCCGCAAACCACCAGAUGGCACGGAGGGCGCACGUCAAGAGCAGGCCGAGCUAGCGGACAGCCUCUUGGAAGACUUGCAAGGCCGAGAUUUCACGGUGAACGCCAUGGCAGUGGACAUGACCCGCGGGGUGAUGUAUGAUCCUUUCGGUGGCCGAGAGGACGUGAAGGAUCGAUGUUUGCGAGCUGUGAGUCGGCCUGCUGUGCAGAUGAUGCGAAGGGACGGUCUGCGGGUUCUGCGCGCUUACCGCUUUUGGGCAGCUUUCAGUGAGAUCCCGUGGACUAUGCAUGAUAGUUUAGCUGCUGCGCUGAGGGAAGAGGGUGGUCAGCUCUUAGCAAGUAUUGCCAGACAAAGAAUUCUGAGCGAGCUGAAGAAGAUUCUCCACCGACCGAGAGGCUGGGAAGCCAUGAAGCAGAUGGUCGAGGAUGGGGUGCUGACGGCUGUGCUGGGCCGUUCUUUGGAGCUGGAAGGUCGGGAGCUGGGCGCUUUGAAGGUGCUCUUCAUGCUGCCCGAGGUGGGAGCGCGCUUGGCACUCGAGAAGCCCAAGGAACUGGUGCUGGAGAGGCCCGGCCGGCCCGACCAGACUGCGCUUUUUCAGGACCCGCUCGCGCACCCUGUGCCGUCAGCGAGGCCGCAGCCCUUUGAGUACUACGUGGUGGUUGACUUUGAAGCCACAUGCUGGGAAGGCGGCCAGGUUGCGAUGCAGCAGGAGAUCAUCGAGUUCCCAGUGGUGCUUCUGCAUGCUGCAUCUGGGACAUGCGCUGGUGAAUUCCACAGCUUUGUCCGGCCCACUGUGCACAGCCAGCUUUCCAAGUACUGCCAACAUCUGACGGGUAUCUCCCAGUCCACUGUGGACACUGCUCCUUCCUUCGGAGACGUGGCAAAAGACUUCCUGUCUUGGCUCGAGGAAAAGACCUCACGAGCCAAGGUUGCCUGGGUGGCAGAUGGCGAGUGGGACUUGGAGGAGAUGUUGCCGGUUCAGUGGAGGCGGAGUUUCGGAGAAGGUCCGCUGCCCGUGCAGUGGAAGGAGUUCAUCGAUGUGCGGAAGGUCUUCGAGCAAGUCCACCCUGGGAUGAUUCCACCCGGCCGUGGCAAGAUAAGGUUGAUGUGCGAGUACCUGCGCAUCCCGAACGUGGGGCGAGUGCACUCUGGCAUCGCAGACACGCGCAACGUCGCUCGCAUCCUGCUGAUGCUGAUGAGAGAGGGUGCCAUCUGCCAACUCCGACCUGUUGUCACACUUCCGCUCCCUCGCCCCUUCCCCACUGCGAAGCGGCAGAAAGCCAAGAGGGAGUUGCCCAAAGUUCAGGUUUCUGAAGUCGAAGUCCGACCUUUCGAGGAGGCCAUGACUCUCGUUUUGGCGCAGGUGGAGGCGGAAGAGGCCAAGGAAAUCAUGAAGAAGCUUCACUUCAGCAAGGGAGAGCAAAGGUUCGUCUCCGAGCACGUGCUUUGUUUGGGAGAGCUCCCAGAUGCUCAAGAUGCCGGGGCCGUCCGCCGCUUCCUCGUCGCCUGUGGGGAGGAGUUUGUGCGUGUACACCUACGCCUGGAGCGAGCCUGGCUUUCGGGCUCCGAGUCCUCGGAGUCCUCGAGCUUUUCCUUGGAGCUGGAAGCAUUGGAAGCCACGGAGCAAGCGGUAGAAGAACAGCUGAGGGAUUCGGAGGCGUGGGCUCAGCUCCAGAAGCCGCUGGCAGAUGGCCGGUGGAUAUCGGCAGAAACGGGCUUGGACUUAGAUUUGGUGGGGCCCAUCAAGGAGUGGCUGUUUUACCAUCAGGUCGAUGAAAAUCUGCAGUCCUUGGAGGCGGUGAGGGAAAGGCUCCAAUCUCUGGAGUCUUGGGACAUCGGGUCGGCGCCCGUCGUGGCAUGGCCUCCAGACCGAACCAGCAAGGGGCCAGGCACCAUUAUUUGGCAUGGUGGAGGCAUGCUGAAUUUCACAAGAGAAGCCGACAUGAUCCCUGGGGCGAAGCUGAGCUACGACUUGGAGAUUAAUGACCGAAACGGCAAGACAAAGGCAGUUCGGGUCAAGGUGGAAGCCCCCGGUGACCCCAGCUUUUCGUGGAAGGGCGGUGGUGGCGGCGGCGGCGGCAAAGGAGGUUACGGCAAAGCUCCGGCAGGCCGCAGCCACGGCACCGGCCCCUACGGCCAGUCCUACGGAGGCGGAGGUGGCUACGAUGCUGCUUAUUGGCAGCAGCUCAUGGCAACCAUCACACAGGCAGCGCAGGCAAUGCAGGGCGGCGGAUAUCAGGGAGGCGGCGGAGGCUACGGCUCCUGGAAGUGA